CAUACAUUAUAUCAUUACUCUCUAAACCCAUUUCCCGACUGAAUGAUCUCCUCAUGCCUUUAUUAGGUAUCUCUAUUCCACAAUCAUCGUUCAGGAACAACCCGUAUUCAAUCGGAUUCCAGAAACUUCAUCAUGUUUCCUUUCUUUAUAGCGGUUCCACAUGGAGAUAUUUUCACAGUCCGUUCAGCGGUCAGGUGAACCGUGGUGGACUUAUUAUUAUUCGGGCAGUUGCAACCCUAGAACCUAGGGCUACUAAUAAGAAGAUUGUAAAUGUUCCGGUUACUGAUGAUAAAGAUAAACCCCCGGUUCAAGAUGAUAAGGAGUUGUUGAGACGGAAUCGGAUUUCCAAGGCGAAUAAAGGGAAAGAGGCUUGGAAUAAGGGGGUUAAGCAUAGUUAAUUGAAUCUGAAUAAUGAGUAAUGAUAUAAUGUAUGUAAUAUAUAUUGUAUGUUGUGGUGUUUGGCCGGCGGCUGGAAUUGAUGGUGGUGGU